AUGGGCCCUCGGGCUGCGAAUGCCGUCCCAGUACCGAGCGGAAGAGAACGCCUUCAUCACCAUGUUCCGGGGACUAUCCUGAAGAGAGGUAUACCGUACUGUGGAGUUGCAUCAUGCUCGCCUCGGAAGGAACCGUCUCGAAGCACCAGAACGGCGCAAUACGAAGAUUACCGACCUGGAACCCUCACGGAAGGCGCGCUUGCAGUGAACCGAGCACUGCCGGAGCCCGAUGGUGAGAUGGACUAUCUCGUCGGAGAAUGGGCUGAGAUUCGACCAAGCGCAGGAACGCUUCCCUCAGCCAAUACGCCGACACCAUUCGAGCGUCACCAACAGCACGAUCAGGACUCAGCGGUCCCUAGAGUCUGA